GUCGACAAUCCCACUGUAGGGGGACACGCCCGACUUAACCGUUGCCGAGGUUCGAACCCUCCCAGGCGGGCUCCGAGCAGACGGGGUCGAAAGGUCGCGCCGCACCGCCGACGCCUCGGGGCGACGCGGCUCGACGUGGCGGGCCCGCGUGCCACCCGCGCCGACGUCGCCGCUGGCAUCGGCGAGGCGUCGCCGAUGCCUCGCCGAUGCAGCGGUGGAUGCCUCGGCGACGCGGCGCGAUCUGCCGACCCCGGCGACCUCGAGGCCCUUCUGCGAGGCCUCCAGAGGUGCCUCCUGGCGCUGUGGCUCCUCCAGGCGGGCGGGCCCGCGGCAGGGGCCCCGGGCCCCGCGGGGCUGCGCGCGCAGGUGGCGGAGCUGCGCGAGGAGCUGCGCGGGCAGCUGCGCGCGGAGCUGCGCGCGGAGCUGCGCGCGGAGCGGCGCCUGGCGGAGGAGCGGCUGGCAAGCGCCCAGGGCCGGCGCUUGAGCGCUACGGAGAGCGCGAUGUCGAGCUCGUGGCUGGUCCUGUGCGGCGCGCUGGUGGUGUUCAUGCACGCGGGCUUCGCGAUGCUCGAGGCCGGGAGCUGCAGGGCGAAGAACGCGUCGAACGUGCUGAUGAAGAACCUCGUGAACGUGUGCGUGGGCACGCUGGGGUGGUUUUGGUUCGGAUGGGCCAUUGCCUAUGGCCUUCCGUCCGAUCCUGACACCACACCAGGCUUCAUGGGCACCGACGGCUGGGCCGCCAGCAGCUUCAACGACUUCGACUCCGACGGGAACAUCACACCCACGGGCGCCACUCUCAACUGGUUCUUUCAGUGGGCCUUCUGCACGGCCGCCGCGACCAUCGUCAGCGGCGCGGUCGCCGAGCGCGUGCUGAGCCCCACGUACGCGGUCUUCGCCUUCGUGAUGUCCGCAUUCAUUUACCCUGUGGUCGUCGCAUGGACUUGGGGCUACGGGUGGAUCAGCACCCUGUUCGACGUGGGGGUCAUCGACUUCGCGGGCAGCGGCAUCGUGCACCUCACUGGCGGCGUCAGUGGGCUCGCGGGCACCAUCGUGCUGGGGCCACGCAAGGGCCGCUUCAAGCGGCCCGCGGAGUUCGACGCGCACAGUUUGCCACUCGUCGUGCUGGGCACCUUCAUCCUAUGGUUCGGCUGGUAUGGCUUCAACUGCGGAUCCACCCUCGAGAUGAAUAUGGAGGCAGGCCUGCUGGCUGCACAGGUGGCCAUGAACACGACGAUCUCUGCCGCGACUGGCGGUAUCUCAGUCUUCUUCUUCUUGCGCUAUCUGAUGACGAAGAAGUACGACGUUGGCAGCUUGUGCAAUGGCAUCCUGGCCGGCCUCGUGUCCAUAACGGCUCCAUGCGGCAAUGUGGAGGCUGGCAGCGCGUUUGCGAUUGGGCUCAUCGGCGCUCACGUGUACCAGGGUUCAUCCAUGCUUCUCCAGAAGCUCGAGAUCGACGACCCAGUAGACGCUGUCCCAGUUCACGGCUUUGCGGCGUUUGGGGCGUGCUCGCCGCGGUGCUCUUCGAUUGGGGCCGUGGAUUCGAGCAUUUCCACGGUUGGAGCGGCUUCGAUUGCAUGACUGUGGACGCGGCUGGCAACAUUGGCGAUCCUUGCUUGGGCAAUUUGGUCGGCAAGGCACUCGGUGCCCACAUCCUCAUGAUCAUCUUCAUCGUCGCAUGGUCUGGCACCCUCUCUGGCAUCACCUUCUUCGCGCUCAAGAUGACCGGCGCUUUACGCAUCGACGAGAAGACGGAGGAUAUCGGACUGGAUUUCGCCAAGCACUCCCCGAAGAGGGCGUACUCCGUUGAAGCACUCCCCGAAGAGGGCGUACUCUCUUGAAGGGUAGGCCUCGGGUGUUCCUGCGGAGAGGACGUUGUGGAUCCCUACUUUACGGCCCCCCGCUCAGUUCCAAACGAACCUGCACCAUGCCAUUGUGCUUUUAUGCAUUGCAUAAAUAUAGGUUGGGCCGCAAGGGAUCUCCGCACAGCGCCUUGGCCCCUUCUCCUCCUUCCCCUCCCUCGUUCCUCCAAACUGUCGCUCUGCUCCCCUUUGUUCCUCUUCCGUGAGCUUGUGGGCAGUGCCACGCAUGCAGGGAUGGGGCCACACAUGUUCCACUGUAUUGUCCUCUCCUCGAGCUGACAGACGGCACCGCGGACCGUCAGCCAGCUGACAGGUGCAGCGGGCUCGAAGGUAUAGUGGCUUGCGGUGUGCAGAUUCGCCUUCGUCCACGACUGUUGAGAUUCUGCCACAGGUUCCCGAACCUGUCCUUACCAACUCUUCCUUCCCUCCUCUCUCGUCGCUCCUCCCCUCCAUCUCCCUCUCCGCUUGACCAUCACUGCUUUCCUCAUCUGCCAUUUGUGUCUGGUCGAGUAACAAGUGUCAGAGAAGGAGAGGGGGGAAGAGUGGAGCCCGGAAACAAUGAUCCUGAUGAGUACUACCGGGUCGCUCUGCAGUUUACCGGGAGUUUCUGUACAUAGAAGCGGGGGCGCGCGCUUGAUUCGCAAGAUUCGCC